AUGCACCGCGGCUUCAUGCCCUCGCGCUCCCUGUCCCGGCGGGACUUGGGCAUCAUCACCACGGUCUCAGCCCUGACCUCCGGCAUCCGCCCCUCCGUCGCUGAGGAGCCUGCCAGCGACAGUAGGAAUGCUGCAGAGCAUGCUCCCGGCAGCAAGGUAUCGUAUGAGAUUGACGCCCAUGGCCGAGAAAGGCUGGCCCUCCGCCUUGACGGCUGGGACACCUGGAAGUGGAACGGUCAUAGCAUCAACUACCUCUCUGCAGGCACUGAGGGCCCGGCGGUCCUGCUGGUUCAUGGAUUUGGGGCCAGCGCCUACCACUGGCGCUACGUCGUGCCGCAGCUGGCGCGCAGCUGCCGCGUGUUCGCCAUCGACCUGCUGGGCUUCGGCUGGUCCGACAAGCCCCUGGUCGACUACUCCGGGUACAACGUUUGGGCCGACCAGUGCGCCGCUUUCCUGCAGGAGGUGGUAGGCGGGCCGGCGGUGGUGGUGGGCAACUCCAUGGGCGGCUUCAAUGCCCUCAACAUGGCCGCCCGCACCCCGGACCUUGUCAGUGGCGUGGUGCUGAUGAACGCAGCGGGCCGCUUCGAUGCCGGGUCUGCGUCGGUGACGCCCGUGGCGACGCCAGCUCAGCGCUCGUUGUGGGCCGGGCUGCAGGACACGGCGGGCACGUUCCUCAAGCGCCGCGCCAUCUACCUCUCCUUCCUAGUGGCGCGGGACCCGCGACGCAUCCGCUCCGUCCUCAAGCAGGUGUAUGUGGGCCAGGACAGCAUCGACGCUGAUCUGGUGACGUCCAUUGCCACCCCUGCCCAGAACCCCAACGCCGCCGAGGUGUUCUACCGCGUCAUCACCGCCUCUGGGGAGAGCAUGAACAGUCUGCUGGGCCGCCUGCACAAGGGGACGCGGGUGCUCCUGCUCUGGGGAUCCAAGGACCCCUGGUGCGUCCCCGCCAAUGCUUCACGCAUCAUGGCCCUGUACCCCGAGGCAGAACGGGUGGAUCUGCCCAGCGGGCACUGCCCGCAUGAUGACACGCCAGACCUCGUCAUCCCAGAGCUGCAGCGCUGGGUGGCAGGCCUUCGGCAGGCGUGA